AUGGAAGUUAUGGAAGAAGGAAUUCUCAUGGAUCGUUUGCCGAUCUUAUUGCAACGAGAUAUGCAAUAUUAUGAGAAAAACAAGGAAGUUCUUCAGGAAACAAUUUGUCCCGGAGUUGUUGGAGGAAAAUUGGAUUUUCCUCGUUAUGCAUCAUUUGCUUCUGUUAAAAUUGUCUUAUGGCUUGAAGAUGAAUAUUAUCAAGCAUAUUUGAAAAAAUCAGGACUUUUGUGUUAUGAUACACUCAAUGAUGAAACGAUUCAUAGAGACGACGAGUCAUCAGUAUGCAUUGUAAAAUCUUCUGAUCCCGAGCGUUUUGUUUGGCUUGUAGCACGUACGUGUGAUGCUUUGCUUCAACAUAUCCAUGUUUUAUCACAAGAGGCAUUAGAUCAUGCUGAUUUGACUGUAUUGACAGCUGUAAUUGGCGCAGCUGCUUUGGUUAAAAACUGUCUUUGGGUUUAUUUGCAAUGUACCGAGAAGAAUGUUUGUCCUCCAAAAGGCGACGAAGAAGGCGGUUCUCUCAAAAUGAGUUACAAACAAUUGUCGGAAAUGACAGAAGCUCUUGCUGAGCGACUUCUUGAUUUGCAUUGUCGUUUAUUGUUGCUUUACAUUUUGCAAGAUGCUGAUUGUCUUCAUUGGGAGAAUCAACAACCGUUUUUCGAAUCUGAACGAGGCUCGUAUACGAUUCAAAUGUGGUGGCUUUAUAUGCAAGGAACAAAAAUGGAUUUGUGGAAUACUGUUCCGCCAACUAUGGGGCAACGUGUUUUCGCGGGAAUGUUAAAUGAAACUUUGACGGUUUUAACUGUGCGAUAUACGCAAACGUUGCCGAGUAAAGCUCGAGCGCAAUUGUUAAUGGUUGAUAUUUGUAAUAUUCUUCUUUGUUGCGGCGAACUUUUGCCUGCAAUUUGUGACAAUGGAGAAGCUUAUGUUGGUUUGAACAUUACGAAUCAACAUAAAAUUGUGAGAGAUAUUCAUUCAAAAUGUCAAGAACUCUUUUUAUGUCUCUUACUUCGAGGCAUUCCGAUUGGAGAUUUGUACAAAGUCUUGAGAAAAGGAACACAAUCUGUCGGAAUGUUUCAAGAACGCAUGGGAUUACCAUCGCCAUGGAUUUUGUUUGCUCUCUCGAAACUUUUUCCUGACAAACGUACGGGUCAUUAUGCAACUCGUUGUUCAGAAUUCACAAGCAGUACAGCAAUUACUCUCGAAUUGCGUGUUUUAAUGACAGCUCCUCAACCUUCAUGGCCUAUUUUGAUCAAAGUAUUGUUGAUGCGCGAAGCUACUUUGUCUUCUGUGAUCUUUCAUCAUUUGAUCGAAAAUCUUCCGAGUCAAGAAAAUUUCGUUCCGAGCUAUUUACAACCUUGUUUGAACAAAGAAACGAUGGAUGCCAAAUGCGAAGGCUUUUUAUGCGGCAAAGAAUGUAACGACAUUGGUCAUUGGGCUCUCAAUAAUCCAGAUCCUGUUGGACAAACAAAUUAUCAAGUUAUUAUGGGACUUACUUACAUUAUUGUCAUGACAGGCAAAGCAAGCGAUAUUCAACGAACAUUGAUUUCUGCUCUCGAAAAGGCUCCGAAUGUUGAAUGGGCUGCUUGUUUGGAUCGUCGUGAUGUUUGGAAUCAAAAACGUCAACCAUGGUUAGAAGCUAUUAUAUAUCUCGUUUAUCCGAUUCUCGAUUCGAUCGUUCAAAUGUUAAUACAAGCAGUUCAAACAGGCGCUACAAUUUAUCAAGCGAUGAGUUUGUCGAUUUCUUGUUUUCAAGAAAUGUGGGAUGGAAUUCCAGAUUGUUUGUUUAUCGUAACUUCGAUGCUUCAAGAGAUAAUUCCUGCUGAUAUUCGACCAUUGGGAGAUUCUUGUCUCGUUCACGUAUUAUACAGUGCUUUAUAUACCAAACUUCUUGAAAAUGCAACGGGCGUUAAUGAAGAAAAAUUUGCGAAUAAAGCUUCAAUUUGUCAAACGUUAGCAGAAGCAAUUUGCGCCAUUGACGAAGACAACAAACACACAGAGAAAAUUCAAGAGCUUCUGAAUCAAGCGAAAGAAACGUUACGCAAUAUGAGUGUUAUUGAAGUUGAUUUGGAUGAACCUGAGCCAAUUACGGGACAAAGUAUGGCGAGCGGAUCAAAAGCUGUCGAUGAACUUCUUGAACCAAUAAUGCGUCCCGCACCAACAAGUAGUCGAGCUGAAGAAGAAUUUGAUGUCGAAAUUGCCGAUUACAUCUCCGAAAUUCUUGCAAGCGAUAUUCUCACGCAAGAUAUUGGCAAACAAAGUGUCAAAAUGAUUUACAUGUAUAUGCGGAACAACGUCGAUUGGAUUUACGAAAAACUCGGAGUGAAAUCGCAUGAACCAAAUGUUGAACCUCCAAAUGGGCAAGAGUUACAUUACAUUCCUCCAAAAUUGCUUCAUAUGAUGUUCCAUAUUGGCGAAGAGCCUUUCGAUCAAUUGUUAACGGGCAACUUGAAGAUUGACUAUACAAAUUGGUUUCAAACGCCGAUGUCAAUGACGCCCGAUCGUGCAUGGCUUCAAGUCAAAAUGCGAUGGGAAUUCCAAGAAAAUGCGCAAUUGAAUGCACUUGACUCACAAAUGGUCGCCUAUAUAACGUCACAACUCAAAACGAGCACAACUUAAAUGUUUUUUUUUCACAUUUAAAGUUUAUUACAGUACUUUUUCCCCCUUUUUAACGUCAGUUUAGAAACUAGAAUGUUCAUGUAGUAAGCUUACAAGUGUUUUAAGACAUCUCUCACACCGGAAAUACAAACAACACGA